UUGGAGUGGAACUACGAGAGGCGGCGCGAGGCACAGAACAUCCUCCCAUUCCUCGCACUCGGACCCAUGACUGCCGCAAAGGACGAAGGCUACCUGCGGCUAAACGAUGUCACCAUGCUGCUGGGCGUGCGGCAGAAACACGGUUUCCAGAGCAAGCUCAUGAACAGUGCGCUGCGGACAGCCGAAAAGCUGAACCUUGCAUGCGAGACGAUCGAUUUGACGGGCAACCAGGACCUGAUUCGCAGCUUCCAGCACACGACUGCUAUCAUUAACAACCACCUCUCGCAGGUCCAUCAGCAGACUGGUAGGCUCGGCAAGGUUCUGGUAUUCUGCGAGAGUGGUAAUGAGCGCAGUGCAGGAGUGGUGGCUGCCUAUCUGAUGGAGACGCAUGAGGACGUGGAUCAUAUCAAGGCCAUGCAGCUCUGUCAAGCACAGCGCUUCUGCGUCAACUUCGACGAUGGUAUGAAGAGACUGCUUCAGGGAUACUGGGACAUUUUGUGCGCGAGACGUGCCGUGGCAGUCCAG